AUGUCUUGCCGUAACUACUGCUCUGGAAACUGCGACUCAGGAUCCCUCAGAAACUCCUGCCAUGUUCCUCUUCCCCCCUCCAUUGCCCUCUGCUCUACAAAUGUGAGCUGUGGAGAUGUUGUCUGUGUACCCAGUAGCUGUCAAGAUGGUUCCUGGCUCACGACCAACUGUCAAGAGACCUGUGGUGAACCAGCCAGCUGCCAGCCCAGCCACUAUGAAACUUCUUGCUACCCUUCUUCCACGGCUUGCUAUGCUCCCAGGCCCUGUCAAGGAACCAGUUUUUUGCCUGCUGCUUCCUUCAUCUCCAGCUCCUGCCUCCCAGUAUCCUGUAGACCUCUGAGCUAUGUGUCCAGCAGCUGUCGUCCGCUGAGCCCUCUGCUCAGUAGCUACCAGCCCGCAGGCUGUGUGCCCACUGGCUAUCGCCCCCAGACCUGUUUGUUGAACAGCAGCCGCCCGAGCCUCCUCACUUCUGGAUGCCGACCCGUGGGCUGCUCGACCUAUGGUCCUCAAACACUUCAUGUUGUGCCCAGCAGCCUCAGGCCUCUGCCGUCCCUCUCUGGUGGUUGUCAACCUCUGACCCACGUGUUUGGCUCUUGUCGUCCAUCUUGCUCUGGCCUGGGAGGCCAGUAG